AUGUCACACGAAAGACGUGAACGAGGUCAUAAAAAAGUCAUGAUGAAUGCACCAGUGUUUCGAAGGCUUUGGAUAUUCAUGGCACUUGGGAUGAUCAUAGCCAUCUUGGGACUUGUAACUAUUGCUGUCCAUUUCCUCAUAGGGAAUAUAACCUCCUCCUCAGACUUGACUGAGAUUCUGCCGAACUAUAUAACUGGUCUAGUGAUCAGUGUGGAUGGACUGCUGAUAGUAAUCUUGUUUUGGAGACGACACAUAGCCCUGGUCUUUGUGGAGGUGGUGUUGUGUUUUGGAGUUGGUGCCUUUUGUGCAGCUUUAGCUGUGCUGACAGGGACCCACAUCCUCCAGCCAAUCAGAAGUCUUCAGGACUGUAUCCAUGACAACAACAGAAGGGUGUGUGCUUGUACCAGUAGUUACCGUCGCAAUGCUCUUCUCUUAGAGUCAAGUUCAGACCCAAGUCUCUACACGUUUGAUGGCACCAUCAGCUGUACUUCUGUAGAAGACAUCCUGCCUAUCUUCCUGUACGUACAAAUUGGACUGUUUGCCAUCGUCUUUAUCUUGUGUGUCACCACAAAAAUCCUCGCUUUUCUGGUUUUGAGGCUGGAGAGAACAUCCCUGUCAACACUACAGGAGGAAACGUACGAGGAAAUCUUCACCGUCAGUGGCAGUUCCUGUUCUGAUUUGACCAGCGAGGAUGAAGUGACACUUCAAACAGGAUCAAACAUCAGCUCUGCACCAAAUUGUAUCAAUCCUGCAGUGAAAGGAUUUUCUGAUUCUGUUAGUCAAAAACACAAUGGAAUAUAUGCCCAGCCUGCAGGGAUACUAAAGAAUCUGGACCAAACUGUGACUCCUUUAUCUGACUUCCCAUCUACCAAUCGUUUACUGAGGUCUAAGUCAUGUGACUCAAUUGAUGAGAUUUAUGCUCGCAGUGCUAAAGGACCAGGAAGUGAGCAGCUUCCUGAGAAAGGUAAAGGGAAGUUAAAGGAACACAGGAGAAGGGAGAGAAGGGCAGUAACUCUCCACAAUUUAGACUCUAAGCAAUUAAUGUCUGUUCUAAGCCUUCACAUGCGAUAUUUGGAGGAAACAGAGACAUUGAAAUCCCAAAGCAAACUCGAAACACAGAACGACGCCAUUCCCAUUGACCUGAAGCGAAGGGCCAUAACUCCACAACCCUAUCACCUUAAAUAUGGUCAAACAAGUACAUUGCCACGAACUGUGAGGUCACACACACCGCAGCCAAACCAGAGGCUGACAGACAAACAAGAGUGUCAAUACCGUGUGAUGAUGAAACAGCUGACAGAUUCACCAAAAGGAAAAACACUACAAAAUACACAACAAAUUAAAACAAAUUCUAUUGGCUCUCCAUUACAGCAGGCUAAAAAUCCAACCAAUCAUCACCAUCCGAACAAAAUUAUUAUGGGUACCUCACACUCCCUUCCCAAUCACAGACGUAAUGAAAUUGAAUCUGUAGGCAGCGAGUCUGUUGAUGUAAGCGAAAUAGAUGAAGAUGUAAAUAUUAAACAGAUGCCUAAAUCACGACCAUCAGUGAAAAACUACUUCCUACCUCCACAGCCUGUCCAUAGGUCUAAAUCAUUAACACCUCCCCACCUACCCGAACUACAGCACAGGUCAGGGGUCAAUAAAGGUCAACUUCCUCCACAGCCAAUCAAACGUGGUGAUGACAAUAAACUACCAAAAGACCCUGUUCACAGAGGCUCGGCAUUUGAAGUAGUGGGAAACGCAGGACUCUUGCCAGGUCUCCUCGGUAACGGGAUGUAUGCAAGACCAGGAGACAUCCAGUGUGAGAAAGUGUUACGUGAGAACUUUCAGUUGUAUGAGAAUCCAUUUCUGCUUAAUAACAGUGGACAAAAAACAUACAUACAACCCAACUUUACCUUAUCCAAUCACUCGGCUAGAUCUUUGCCCCCACCCCCCUAUGCCCCGCCCCCAUCCUAUAAACAUUUCAUGUCCCUUUCACAGGAUGGGUCCCUUAGUGAUAUGGUUGACGACGAAAGUAUGGAUGGCUCUCUUCACAACAAUCAAAAUGGACGAUCAAAAACCAAACCAACUGUUACUAAUGGUAACCGAUCAGAAGUGACAAUAUCUAGUGAUGAUGAUGUGUUUCUACCUGAGGACAAAGUAGUCUACAGUCAGGUUGCCAAGCGACCGACACAUCACCAUGGUGACAAGGUCUCUCCACAUCAUCAAUACCAUAUGCCUUACAGUCAUUAUCCCCCUCAUCGCGACCACACCACGCCUCCUCGGGACCCCCUGACACUUCCUCCACGACAACCGUGUGACCCUAGAACACCUCCACCCCAGGACAACAACUAUAAUGUGUAUGCAAACUAUAGUAUGUAUCAGAGGACACAUCCUCAAAAUUCUGUGUGGACAAGAGCGGGGAACUAUCCUCAUGCCAACAACUACGAGGAAAUUGAUGACCUGGAUGUAAACAUGACGUAUUCAUACGAUGAUAGUUCAUCGUGCGGUAUGUCUAGUCAGGCGUCCUUGUUACCACAGGAGCAAAAACAAUGGUCACAUCCUCAUCCUUUCACAGGUGGGGAGCCAGAGGUUCUGGAAACUAUGAUAUAG